GAAGGGCAGAUCCUGGGCAGAAUGGAGGAGCACACAGAGGUAGGCUCUGAACCAACGCUGGGGGACCAGAGAGCCCUAAUCCACAACCCUGCGGACAUUCUGGUCAUCGCCGCUUAUUUCCUGCUUGUCAUCGGUGUUGGCGUGUGGUCUAUGUGCAGAACCAACCGAGGCACCGUGGGCGGUUACUUCCUGGCAGGACGGAGCAUGAUCUGGUGGCCGGUCGGAGCCUCCCUCUUUGCCAGCAACAUCGGCAGCGGCCACUUCGUGGGCCUCGCAGGGACUGGAGCUGCAAGCGGCUUGGCUGUGGCUGGGUUUGAGUGGAAUGCGCUGUUCGUGGUGCUGCUCCUCGGCUGGCUCUUCGCCCCGGUGUACCUGACCGCUGGUGUCAUUACCAUGCCACAGUACCUGCGCAAGCGCUUUGGCGGUCGUCGCAUCCGCCUCUACCUGUCCGUGCUCUCGCUUUUCUUGUACAUCUUCACCAAGAUCUCGGUGGACAUGUUCUCCGGGGCCGUGUUCAUCCAGCAGGCCCUGGGCUGGAAUCUCUAUGCCUCCGUUAUCGCGCUCCUCGGCAUCACCAUGAUUUAUACGGUGACAGGAGGACUGGCAGCGCUGAUGUACACGGACACCGUGCAGACCUUCGUCAUUCUUGGGGGAGCCCUCAUCCUCAUGGGUUAUGCUUUCCACGAGGUGGGCGGGUAUUCGGGGCUCUUCGACAAGUACCUGGGCGCAGUGACUUCGCUGACGGUGUCCGAGGAUCCAGCUGUGGGCAACAUCUCCAGCUCCUGCUAUCGGCCGCGGCCUGACUCCUACCACCUACUCCGGCACCCUGUGACAGGGGACCUGCCGUGGCCAGCACUGCUUGUGGGGCUCACCAUUGUCUCUGGCUGGUACUGGUGCAGUGACCAGGUCAUAGUGCAGCGCUGCCUGGCUGGCAAGAACCUGACUCACAUCAAGGCUGGCUGUAUCUUGUGUGGCUACCUGAAGCUAAUGCCUAUGUUUCUCAUGGUCAUGCCAGGCAUGAUCAGCCGAAUCCUCUACCCAGAUGAAGUGGCCUGCGUGGUGCCCGAGGUGUGUAAGCGUGUGUGUGGCACAGAAGUGGGCUGCUCCAACAUUGCCUACCCACGGCUUGUGGUGAAGCUGAUGCCCAACGGUCUGCGUGGACUCAUGCUGGCUGUCAUGCUGGCCGCACUUAUGUCCUCCCUCGCCUCCAUCUUCAACAGCAGCAGCACACUCUUCACCAUGGACAUCUACACCCGCCUGCGGCCUCACGCAGGCGAUGGGGAGCUGCUUCUGGUGGGACGGCUCUGGGUGGUGUUCAUCGUGGCAGUGUCGACGGCCUGGCUCCCGAUAGUGCAGGCUGCGCAGGGCGGGCAGCUUUUCGAUUACAUCCAGUCCGUCUCCAGCUACCUGGCACCUCCCGUGUCCGCAGUCUUCGUGCUUGCGCUCUUCGUGCCUCGCGUCAACGAGAAGGGCGCCUUCUGGGGGCUGAUCGGGGGCCUGCUCAUGGGCCUGGCGCGCCUCGUUCCCGAGUUCGUGUUCGGCACGGGCAGCUGCGUGCGGCCCUCGGCGUGCCCCGCGCUCAUCUGCCAAGUGCACUACCUCUACUUCGCCAUCGUGCUCUUCGUCUGCUCCGGCCUCCUCACCCUCGGGGUCUCGCUGUGCACCGCGCCCAUCCCACGCAAGCACCUCCACCGCCUGGUUUUUAGUCUCCGGCACAGCAAGGAGGAGCGGGAGGACCUGGAUGCCGAUGAACCAGAAGCCCCCCCAUCGCACCCCACGCAGAACGGACCCCCGGAACACACACUGCAGACGGAGGCACCCCAGACCCCUGCGCCUGGCCCACUCCGCCGGUGCCUGCUGUGGUUCUGUGGCAUGAGCAGGGGCCAGGCAGGCAGUCCUCCGCCCCCGACUGAGGAAGCAGCGGCUGGGACAGCCAGGAGUGUGGAGGACAUCAGUGAGGACCCGCGCUGGGCCCGCAUGGUCAACCUCAACGCCCUGCUCAUGAUGACCGUGGCCAUGUUCCUCUGGGGCUUUUAUGCAUAAAGGCAAAUGUGUUGGAUGCCAGGAACCAUACGGAGCAGGGCUCAGCCUUGCAAUAAGUGGGGUGGGGAGCCUGUAGUGGUCCUCAGAAAGGAGAAUGGGCAAGGGCGGGAAGACCCUGAUCUUCCCUCUGCUUCAUCUCUGCCCGGGCCUAGUGUGCCUGAGUGGCAGUUGUUUCCUAGGAGGCCUGGGCCAUUCACCUAAGUAAAAAUAAAGUCUCUACUGUGCCUCCA